UGCUGUUUUGACUUUUGACUUUUAAAACCACGCCCACAAGUCAAUUGCUAGCUGUUCCUUCACUUUGACGAUUAUUCUGCUCUUUCUUUCUCUGCUGCUCAGCCCACUAGUCACUCUAGAGUUUCGGGUCUAAUGGCUUAUCCUCCUCCCCCUGGUGGCGGCGGCUACCCGCCUCAGCAAGGUUACCCACCCCCUGGUGGCUACCCCCCACCCCCUGGCGGCUACCCUCCUGCUCCUGGGGGAUACCCUGCUCCCCCUGGUGGUGGUGGCUACCCGCCUCCUCCCGGUGGGUCCUAUCCUGCUGCCCCUCCUGGCGGAUACCCACCUUACUCAGGUGGCUAUCCUUCUCAACCGCCUCAGCAAAACUAUGGCGCACCCCCAGGAGGAUACCCAGGCUAUGGUCCACCUCCUGGUCAGCCUGGUUAUGGAGCUCCACCUACUGGAUAUGCCCCUCCUCCUGCCGGAUACGGACAGCAGCCUCCCCCCGGGGGAUAUGCUCCUCCUGGCGGGUAUGGACAGCCCCCUCCCCCUGGGGGUGGGUAUGGCCCUCCUCCUGGUGGAUACGCUCCUCAGGGGGGCCCACCCCCUGGUCAGCAGCAACCUCCUCCAACACAGCCACCAGCAGCUCAGCCCCCAACUGCACAAAUGGCAGCUAUGUCAGUCAAUGAGGAGAAGGGGACCCCUACAGUGAGGCCGGCUCCAAACUUUGACUCUGAGAAAGAUGCAGAGGUACUGCGUAAAGCAAUGAAAGGAAUGGGAACUGAUGAGAAGGCCAUCAUUAAUGUCCUUGUUUCCAGGAGCAACGAACAGAGACAAGAAAUAAAGAAAAAGUUCAAACUGAUGUAUGGAAAGGAUCUGAUCAAGGAGUUGAAGUCCGAGCUCUCUGGUAAUUUUGAGGAUUGCGUUAUUGCGUUGAUGGAGUCCAGGGUCAAGUAUGACGUCAAGUGUCUCCGUGCCGCUAUGAAAGGUCUUGGAACCGAUGAGUCGGUCCUCAUUGAAAUACUCUGCACUAGAACCAACAAAGAAAUCAACGAUAUUGUUCAGGAAUAUAAGAAGGAGUACGGACGUAAUCUUGAGAAGGAUGUUGUGAGCGAGACCAGCGGACAUUUUAAGCGUCUCCUUGUCUCAAUGUGUCAAGGAGCCAGAGAAGAAACUGCUACUGUGGACAUGGCUAGGGCCACUCGGGAGGCCAAUGAGCUCUAUCAGGCAGGAGAGAAGAAAUGGGGAACUGACGAGUCAAAGUUUAAUCAGAUCCUAGCUCUCCGUAGCUUCCCACAGCUGAGGGCCACCUUCCAAGAGUAUACUAAAAUAUCACAAAGAGAUAUUCUUAAUUCUAUUGACCGUGAGAUGUCUGGUGAUUUGAAGGAAGGAUUCAAGACAGUAGUUAUGUGUGUUAGGAAUAGGCCUGGAUAUUUUGCUGAGAAACUGUACAAGAGCAUGAAAGGAGCCGGUACUGAUGACAGCACACUGAUACGUAUUGUGGUAACACGCUCUGAAAUUGAUAUGGUGGAGAUAAAGAGAGAGUUCCUGAACAAGUAUCACAAGACUCUGUCUAAGAUGAUUGAAGGAGACACCUCAGGAGAUUACAAACAGGUUCUAAUUGGAAUAGUUGGACCAAACUAACUCACUAA